UAUAAAGCGUAUGCAAACUUACUGAGGAGUUAGAUUUCUAGUGAACCUUGCCAGUCACUGUCAACAUGUCUUCUCUCCAUCUGACGAUAAUAACUCUACUUGGUCUCUAUUUCACAGGGCUGAAUGAUGCAGAAAAGAAAGGAGUGGUAUGGAAACAAGUCGGAGAAGACAUCACUAUCCAGUGCAGAGGUUCUAAUGAUUAUGAGUUCCUGAGUUUGUUCCAAGGUCUCAAUAAGACAGUCAGACUUCUUUUCACAGAAAAGUCCAAAAAAGUUUUAUUCGGAGAGGAAAUUAAAGAAAGAAGUCAGACAAAUGGAGACUUCCCCAAUGUGGAUAUUCUCAUCAAAAACUUAACUUUAAAUGAUAUUGGACCAUAUUAUUGCGAGUACAAAAAAAUAGGAGAAAAAGGAAACCAAAAAAUCAUAAAUGGUCAAGGAUCUGUGCUCCUGGUGGUGACAGGUGAACCUCAUCAAGGAAACAAACAGGAAUGCGGCCCAUCAGAUCAGAGUCUGGUAAUUGUGUCUGUUGUGAUCGCUGGGACUGUGCUGCUGGUUAUCGUCGCGGCAUUAUUCAUAUGGAUCACCCUCAAGUUUCAGACCAGGUCUAAGUCAGCCACAAGGAAAUCAAAACAUAAUGUUACCAAUGAUGUUUACGAGGACAUGAGAGGAACAUUGAGGCGGUGAAGAUGUGUUUACCUGCAAGAGUCAGCUAACCCUAACCCAACAGCUGUAAAGUGCAUCCCAGAGUCAAGAGAGCUUCAUGUGAAGAAACUAUUCGUCUUGUUCUUGGACAAACUCUGCAACCUCUUUGUGUCAGGUGCAGUCCAACAAUGGUUUGAGUUGUUUUUUUUAUGUUAAUAUGUGCAUAUUCAAUUUUAAAGAUUCUUCAUUUUCUUCAAGUUUAAAAUAUGCUAAUAGGUUAUUAUAGAGACACACAAAGAGCUAAAUUGUUCAUAGAAUCAUUGUAAAUAUCUAAAAAUCGCUCACACUGCAGGGUGGAAGAACAAGUUGUUUUAUUUAUAUGUCCCCCACCAUCAGAUGUUUUCUAUAGCUAUGUUUAACUUUGUUAUUAAAUUACUUGUUUGCUUUGGGUCACAGUCUCAGAUGGCUCAUAUAAUCCUAACCCAUAAAAGCCCGACAUGACAUAUUUGUUACAUACAUUUUGUUUCAAUUUAUGGUAUAAACUUUGCUCAAAAUCCUGUUGAACACAAUCUGAUACUCGUCUUCUGUCCCCUAAUAGAUACAAAGAAGCAGAAAACCAUAUUAUAAUAUUUUUAAAAUAUCCUACGGUAAUAAAUAGUAGAUCCCCCCUCCCACCAAAAAUGUAAUUUUAUUUUUUCACAUUUUCUUAAAGGGCCAAAUAAAGACCUCAUAUUGAAAAAAUUGGACUUUUCUAACCGUUUUUUCAAGGGUCGGGCCUUAAUGGGUUAAAUUUAUUGUCCUUUCAUGACUGCAAAGCCUUAAAACAGCACCAAACCACGAUGUUCCUUCUAUCAAACUCUGCUGAGAUUAUUGGUAUUAAUGUGGAGUGACAUUUUGCCCUCUAAACAUAACAUGGUACAGCUUGUCAGAAAGGGAUUGUUCUGUUGGAGCCUUUAAUGCAGAUUUUAGCAAGGUUGUAGAUUUUUGUUUUCCAGCUGUUUCAGGAUUGCACAUUAUGCUUUUGGAAAGAACUUCACAGAACAAACUCCAGAGGAAAAUCCAUAGAACCUCAUCUGAGGUCCUACAUAAAGCAGUUGUGUCUCUAAAAGAGGAGUUUAAAACCACUGAACACACUUUAUAUGCCCUGUUGUCAGGGAAAACUUUACAAAAAUUCUUUCAAAGUCAUUGUCUUAAUGGAGAAGCCCUGUAAAUAAAUGUUCAUAUCUAUAUCUAGUUUCAGAUGUUCACUAACUUUUUAUUACUACUUAUAAUAAACUAAGGUAAUGUUUGAAUGCAGCUUUGAUAAUAUUUUUCUAUUGUGACAAUAACCUUCACUGAUAUACAUUUUCACAUAAAUAAAAAUCAAUUCAUUUGUGGAAUUUUUAUAGCUGUGUCUGAAAAGGUUUU